AUGGCCGCUCUGGACCCCGUUGACCGCGCGUUCCCUCCCGACCUCCGCGUCUGCUUCAAGCCGCUCGAGGGCGUGCAGAACGGCGGCUGCUACCUCGACGUCUAUGCCCCGGAGCAGGCCGAGGGCAAGCCCGUCCCUCUUGCACUCUAUCUCCACGGAGGAGCCUACAUCAUGGGCGCGUCGUCGUCCAUCCCGUACCGCCAGGUUCGCUGGCUGCGAGAGCGCGGCGUCGCGGUUGCGAGCAUCGAGUACCGCAUGCUCCCUCACGUCGCCAUGCCCGAAAUCCGCGAGGACGUUAUCGAUGCCUACCGGUUCGUCCAAGACGGGCUGAACGAGGCCCUCGCCAAGCAGUCAUGGAGCAUCGACCCCACCCGCGUCUCGGGCUGGGGUGCGAGCGCCGGUGGCGCCGCUGUCAUCCUGUUCGCGGCCGAUGUCAUUGCCAACAACCUCCCGCCGCUGCGUGCCAUUGUCCCCGUCUACCCCGUCGCCGACUUUUUGACUUGGGGCAGGCAGCGUCCACGUGCCGACUGGGACGCGCUUUGCAAGUCCAACCCAGCUGUGGGUGAAGCGCAGCAGUUCCUUUUGGACAACGAGUGUAUCACUGGUCAGCUUUGGGUGCCCGAAGGCGCUCCUCGGGAUCCCCUUCUGGCGGCUCGCGAGGUGUAUGCUGGUGGCGCCAUGCAGAAUGACCUCCUCAUCACCCUCCUUAUCGGCGACCCGCCGUUCGCGCCCUCUGACUCGCCGCUCGGCGUGCUCUCGAAGGACUUUCCUCCGACGUUUGUCGUCGUCGCCACGGCAGACGACCUCAUCCCCCCGUCGCAGAGCUACGCAGUGGUCGACAAGCUCAAGGAGCUUGGUGUCGACGCUGUUGCUGGCGAGGCGAUCGGCAUGGGCCAUGGGCCUGCCGAGGUGCACCAGUCCAACGGCCCUUGGCCCGAGGGUGUCACCUGGUGGGAGACGGCCAUGGAGCCCAGUCUCCAGUUUGUGCUCAAGUACCUCAAGGCGUAG